GUUGAAUUAUUGAUUAUUGAAUUUGAGGAUUGUCGAUUCAUCCAGCCGAUGGUAGUUGGCCGGUUUCUUUGGUUUUGUGGACAUCUCUAACGUCUACUUCGUAAGCUCCGCCUCUGCUAAAACUCCUUCUUCAACCUCAGACUGAACCAUUUUCUCUCUAUAUGUAACCCCUGCACACACAUCUAAUGCACACUUUGCUUCCCCAUUCCAUUAUUCUUCGAUCCCCUUCGCACCCUCCCUUAAUCUCCAACAUGACUUCUUUCCUCACUCUUCCCUCGAUUUCUCUCAAGAAGCUCCAUUCCCCUCCCGCUUGCUCGCAGCCCUCCCUCCCUUACAAUUCCCUCUGCUUCCUAAAUGGGAUUCCGAGUCUUGGUUUUAAACAUUCUGAUCGAUCUAGGGUUUUCACGAGCGUAUCGGUCGGAUCUCAGACGGCUGUCGAUGAUGCUUUGUUCUCUGAUUACAAGCCUUGCACCGCUUUUCUGUUCCCUGGCCAGGGUGCACAAGCAGUUGGAAUGGGAAAAGAAGCUCAAAAUGUGCCUGCUGCCGCAUCACUGUACAGAAAAGCAAAUGACAUAUUAGGGUUUGAUCUUCUCGAUCUAUGUAUCAAUGGACCAAAAGAUAAGUUAGAUUCAACAGUUAUUAGCCAGCCAGCUAUUUAUGUCACAAGUCUAGCUGCAGUGGAGCUACUACGUACACGUGAUGGAGGCCAGCAGAUUAUUGACUCUGUUGAUGUUACGUGUGGUUUAAGCCUGGGAGAAUAUACUGCUCUGGCAUUUGCUGGAGCUUUCAGCUUUGAAGAUGGACUAAAGCUGGUCAAAUUGAGGGGUGAAGCCAUGCAGGAAGCUGCUGAUGCUGCUGAAAGUGCCAUGGUUAGUGUGAUAGGACUGGAUUCUGAGAAGGUCCAGCAAUUGUGCGAUGCAGCUAAUCAGGAAGUUCCUGAAGCUGAGAGGGUUCAAAUUGCAAAUUACCUGUGCACUGGAAACUAUGCUGUCUCUGGUGGCAUAAAAGGAAUAGAAGCAGUGGAAGCAAAGGCAAAGUCUUUCAAGGCUCGAAUGACAGUGCGUCUUGCUGUUGCUGGUGCUUUUCACACUGGUUUCAUGGAACCAGCUGUGUCAAGAUUGGAAGCAGCAUUGGCAGCUACAGAGAUUAAAACCCCAAGAAUUCCAGUCAUCUCCAAUGUCGAUGCAAAGCCCCAUGCAGAACCUGACACAAUAAAGAAGAUAUUGGCGCGCCAGGUUACUUCCCCUGUUCAAUGGGAAACAACAGUGAAGACUCUCCUAACCAAGGGGCUGAAGAAAAGUUAUGAAUUAGGACAUGGAAAGGUCAUUGCUGGGAUUGUCAAGAGAAUGGAUAAAGGUGCUGACAUUGAAAAUAUUGGUGCUUGAGAAGACAGUGACGCCUGGAUUCUCUUUCAGUGGCUUGCAAGGAAUACACGGUUAAAUCUGUAGUAAUUUUUUUAAAACGAAAUUAUCAGCUUGUGCUAAAUCGAGUUGACAGAGGCAGAAGUUUCUUCAUUGGCAAAGAGGAGUUAUAACUUGUAAUCAGAGUUAGGCGUCAAUUUUGUAAUGAAAAAUUUAUUCUCGGAUUGGCAGCAGCAUGCUUCGAUUUGUUACAGACAAGUUACUGUACUUGUGGCAAUAAUUCAGCUUGUGGCAACCAUCUGGAAA